AUGACCUACUUCCUUGCCGGUAGCCAAAUAGAGCCGAAUUUUGCAGUAAUGGGAGUCGUAAAAGAUGGGACGAUAUCUGGGUUUCUUCCUAGCAGCCAAGUUUUUGGUGUCCACUAUCCUGGUUAUCCUUCCUCCAUCUCUCGAGCCAUCGACACUCUCGGCGGCACCCAAGCAAUCCAUAAGGCUCACAGCUCACACUCCAACAACAACAACAACAGGUUGGAGCUCCAUUUCCGCCAUGAUGACCCCUAUUCGCAUCCUGCAUUUGGAGACCUUCGUUCCUGCAACACUUUUCUGCUUAAAAUAUCUAAAACUAAGUCUGCUGGUGGACAAAUCGAUCAAGUUUCCGCACAUAACUUGGAUACUUCUGUACAGUUAACUCAACCUGAAAGUGACUUACUUGAUGGCAAACAACCUGAAACUGAUCAAGUAACCGUUUGCGCUGAUAUUGUUGCUCGUGUCCCACAGGCUUAUCACUUUGAUGGAAUGGUAGACUACCAGCAUGUCAUUGCUGUUCAUGCUGAUGUUGCACGCAAGAGAAAGAGAAACUGGGUCGAGACAGAGGAGCCGCACUUUGACAGAGGUGGUCUUAUGGAUAUUGAUCAGGAGGAUGUGAUGAUUCUAUUGCCCCAACUUUUUGCACCCAAAGAUGUUCCGGAUAAUUUAGUGUUGAAACCAUCAGGGACAUUGAGUGUAAAAAAGAAUCAAGAAGAACCUGUGCAGCACCAACCGGAGAUGGAUAUGGAGCCAGUUCUUGCAAUUGACUUUGGAAUCACUGAGAUUCCUAAGAGAACAAACUGGGAGGAAUAUAUACCUCAAGAUUCAGAUCAGUGGGAGUCACAGAUGGCCGUUUCUAGCCUGUUUGAUGAGAGGCCUGUAUGGCCAAAGGAUUCAGUAACUGAACGCUUGCUUGAUAAGGGCUGCAGUUUUUCAGAUCAUAUGCUGAGAAGGCUUCUUUCUAGAGUUGCAUACUACUUUUCUCGUGGACCAUUUCUCAGGUUCUGGAUAAAAAAAGGAUUUGAUCCUCGGAAAGAUCCUGAUUCUCGCAUAUAUCAGAAAAUUGAUUUUCGAGUAAAACCACCAUUACAAGGUUAUUGUGAGGCUAAUUCAGCCAAUCAACUAAAGCAUAAAUGGGGGGAUUUAUGUGCAUUUCGAGUGUUUCCUUACAAGUGCCAUACAACAUUGCAACUCUUUGAACUUGAUGAUGAUUACAUUCAAGAACAGAUAAGAAAGGCUCCAGCUCAGACAACGUGCUCUCCGGAGACGGGAUGGUUUUCAUAUAACUUGCUUGAGAACUUGAAACAUCGCGUUCAGGUGAGGUUCCUAUCCGUAUACCCAAGACCGGGUGCAGAGCACUUGCUCAAAGCUGCUACUGAAAGCUUUAAAAAGUCAAAGAGGAUAUGCAAUAAAGACAACUUAGUGCGUGAUGAAAUUGUCCAGCAACAAGCCAAUGCAGAACUUACAGGUGAUGUAGAUGCGGAGGAACCCAACAAUGUUGAGGAUGAUGAGGAAGAUGAUAUUGAGGUUGAUAACGGUGAAGAAGCAUUAGAUACAUAUGAUGGACAUGAUCUGGCUGAGGAUGGUGAAAUUUCUUUGCAGCCACAUUCAUAUCUUAACAUGGAGAACAUUUCAAGAACUCAUUUACAGGAGCUUUUUGGUAGUUUUCCAUCCCCUGAAGCAGGGGGCAAUAGAAUACAAGAUGCAUAUACCAGUGAUGAAGAAUACCAGAUUUAUGAGCAAGAUAGUGAUGGCAACUUCUCUGACGAAAACUGAUGCUAAUUUCCAAGGCAUCCUUUUUUCGUGCUUAAUGCUGUUGGUUCUUUAUGACUUGGUAGUGUGGUUCUUUCCCUUCAUGACAUCCCAAGUGUUUAUCUAGUUUUUGAGUUUUCUAACACUAAAAUGAUGAUUAUCAGUUGCUGCUGAGAUAGACCAUCUACGUGCUGAAGCAAGGCUAUUUCAUUGGCAGCUCCUCAACAACAUUUGAAAUUUUGGCAUUCAUGUUUUGAUGAAAAGGCCUUGGCUUGGAGUUGAUUAAAAAUAGAUGACUAAUUUUGGGGCAGCUACAAUGUAAAUUUCUGAGUGGACAACUAUAUAUUAAACUAGAUUGCUCUUAGUUAACAAUGGUGAUCAAAGUUUCUCAUUUCUAUUCUUAAGCAA